UCGCGUCGAUCGCAACCGAUUCUCUUUCUUGCGGCUCUAUCCAUGCUCGACUGCCGGCGGGUGUGUGUGGUGGUGCAGUGGCGUGAAAGAUUUCACAGAAUUCGCUGAACACGCGCGCGGGAAGAUCAGGGAAACGUAUUUCAACGAACGUGUCACUGUGAAAUUAAUAACGACGAGGAAGACAUUCAGAGUCUAAGAGUAUCAAGGGUAUCGAAUACCGCGAUCAGCUGCAAACGUUUAAACUUUUAUUUAGAGUUCUCCUUACGGCGUAGAUGUUGAAUAUUUGAGAUACUGAGUCCCGGUUACGAAGAUAUCGCGACUAGAAUGAUCGAUCAUCGGGAUCAUUGUGGAUCAACGUAAGGAACGCGUGGCGUUCGCGAGACCAGUCCGAGCCAGGAGGUCCACCGCGAGUUUGGGGAUGUCGACGCGCGCGAGACGGACUUUAUGGCCGGUCAGGACGCGUGUUCGACGCUCUUCGACCAGUCAGAUCUACUACCGGAAGUGCUGAUGAUGAAUGACCCGGGAUCCACGAGGUAGAUCGAACUAGUGAUCCGACGAACGAACCUGUCCGGUUUUGCUGGAAAGUGAUCCGUGGAUUGUUUUACUUGACUCUUUUCUCUUUCUUCACGCUCCACUCGUCGGUUGAGUAAGAGCUGGUGACAAAGGGCUUUCUAUACAUAUAUCGCGUCGUGCCGUCGGACUUUGGGAAAUGUUUCUUCGACCACUGACUUCUGAAACAGCCAUGGACUGGCGGGGAGUUGCACUGGCGUUUCUGUUGAUCACAAUAGCGAGGCACAGCACCACACACGCGGCCCAAAUACCCCAGCUAGUGCCUACGUCGACCGCGGCGAUAGCGAGCACCGUGCAAAUCGAAUGUGCGAGCGAGUCAAUAAUCGUUUACAUCUCGACUGAGGGCAACAUCGAUUUCCACGGUCUGGUGUAUCCACGGGGAUUGUCAAAGAACAGUUCUUGCCUGCAGGAGUACAGGAGCCAACCCACCCCUAUAACCUACAACCUGCCCCUCAGGUCUUGCAAUACUAUGCCCACCGAGCUGGACGACGGUGGUAUCGAAUACUUCAACACGAUAGUGGUACAGCCACACUUGAAGUUGGUAACGAACCAGGGUAGGGGUUUCCACGUGAGAUGUCGAUACCAGACAAGAGACAAAGUGGUGACGAACGAUCAAACCCACGUGGCCAUGUUGCAAUCACUACCGCUACAAGCAACAGCUCCUAUGCCAGGAUGCACGAUGAAGAUCUUCAGCGGAGAUCCAACGAGACAUCAAGUGGCGGAAAACGUGAAGAUCGGGGACCCUCUGACCUUGGUCAUUAGCAUCGACAAACAGGAAAUGUUCGGUCUGAAGAUCUCUGAUUGCCUGGUACGCGAUGGCCUGGGAUGGGGGGAGCAGAGGCUCAUAAACGACGAAGGUUGCCCGGUCGACGGUGAAAUUAUGGGACAGUUCACAUACAGCAACGACAAAACGGAGGCGAAGGUGAACUUCCAGGCGCACAAAUUUCCCUACACAGCCAGCGUCUAUUACCAGUGCAACGUCCGGCUGUGUGUGAAACACGACGGAGGAUGCACUAAUACGCCACCGGCAUGCAAUUCGAUAGCUAGACGACGCAGGGAUACCACGAAUGACAACUCAGUGAAGAGUGUCAUAGGCUUGGAUGGCGGAACACCGGCCACCAUCGAGGUUUAUAGCGGGCUCUACGUGAACGAAGCUUCGGACAUUAGCUCCAAGUCAGACUUCAGCGAUGUCUUCAGAGAAAGGACAAUUGACGAUCCCAACAGCAUCUGUAUCUCGCAAAGGAGCUUCGCCAUUGGCAUCGCGAUCGCUGGUCUAAUUCUCAUGUUGGCGGUGGUCGCCGCGAUUUUGGUACUACUUGCCAAGAAACGGCACAAGAGCGUCUCGACAACGGGCUCGUCCAUCUACAGUGGGCCCUACACGAACACCGCGUACAGUCACAGCAGCUAAGUUCACUCCGACCCUCGAAAUUCCUUAAACGGGGAUAUUCGAACGAGAAAUUCCAAACUGCACAGUAGUGAAGAAGCGAACGAAAAAUCGAACGAUAGAUGGACGACUACAUUGGAAAGCCAACGCUUUCGAAUUAAUUUAUCGGUUCUACGUCGGCCCGGUUGAACCGAGGCGCAGAGAAUUUAGGUGGAAUAAACGAGAUACCUUUUGCUCAACUGCCGAUGCUAUUAUUGUUGCUUUUUUUCUUUUUUUUUUUCUUCGAAGAAGUAGCUCAGAACCGAUGGGUCCAGACACGUGUUCGAACAUAUCGGAUCAGUCUAUGGAAUUCGUGUGCUUGCGCGUGUUUUUUUUUUUAUUAAUAAUCUUGCCAUUCUUUUGGUAAUUCGUUGCACCGUUUUCUAACACUGUCCCUUUGAUAUUUCCUUCAUUGUGAAAUUUGUUACUUAAGCACGUGUCGCGACCUACGCUUAGAGAAAUCCGUAGCUCAUCAAUUUGAAACGAAUUGACACGAAUCCCUAGGAUUAACUUUAAUAUAUAUACGUUAUAGAUAUAUACUAUUAUUAUUAUAAUUAUAUACAUACUGUAUACUAGUCCGGUAUACGCUGUCCUAGCUAACCUAGCAGCCGCAUUAAAAUGGCGCACAACACGAAUAUUAUUUGUCCAUCACGAUCAUCCCGGUAAUUUAACUUAAUCAACUGUGCAGAACAAUUUUAGCGUUUAAGUUGAAGUCAAACUAGUUCGCGGAGACUCUUUAAGCGAAUCAAACGUCCCAGUGACUCUAACUGCCAACCAUCCUUCUUCCUUCGACUUCCGUGCAACUCUUUGCACAUUUCCUUUUUACGUUUAUAGCAAUUUCUCUCCAUAUUUAUAUGUAGUCAUCUCACUCGGUCGACACGUUGUUUGUACUCGAGAAAUAAUCUCUGGCGCGCGGAGCUGAACAAAUUUAUCUCAAUCCUCGACUGGCAGGACAAAAUACUUUUUACAAAAUCGAUAUAAUGUAUCGUCGAAAACUUUGGGGGAAAUCUUCAGACAACACUUUAUCCCUUGUUCUAUAUUCUGAUACUAUCUUAUAGUCAUAGGUUAGAUAUAUUUCAUCUAUCUAAAUACUAACCUAGCUUGUUUCGUUGCAGUUAAUUCGAACAUUGAGGUUAGAGUACACAAAGUUUUAAGUAAAUCGAAUAUGAACAGUAUGUUUUUAUUGUUAAAUAAAAACACAUCCUUUGUUAAGUUAUUGCGCUGGUCUCGAACUAUGAAAUCUUAACGAGUAAAUACUGUGUGGCUUUUUGCAGCACCUACCACUCGAGGAUUCAAAUAAAAGUAAAACGCUCCAACUUCCUUUAGUGUCUUUAAUUACAGUCCACUUACAUGUUUAUAAUUUCCUUCGAACUAUCCACUCGGACAAAAAUGGAUACGUGAUCGGCUCUUAUUGAUCGAUAAACUAAUGAACUUAUCUUGUAACAAGAAUAUCAACUCAGGGCUCUUUUUUUAUAGCUCCUUACGGUACCUACCGACGUCGAAGGUUCGAAAAAAGGGGUAAAACGCUCUAAUUUCCUGUGGUGUGUUUAGUUACAGUGUAGUUACAUGUCUGUAAUUUUCUUCCAACUACCCAACUCCUACUAACCGAACAGAAACAAGUUUCCACCAGUUUAAACAAAUUAUAGUUCUCUUAGCACGUUCACUGCGGUUACUUUUUUCGUAAAAUAGUAUUUCGUGAUAUUUUGAUGUUUGUAUUUGACGAAAUCGGAAAUAUUGGCCAAUUUAUACAUAUUAAUAAUUGGAUUUCAGACUCAAAAAUGUUUAAGAAACAAACGUGACAUUAUUUAUAAAUUUAAUUUUUCGUAAGUUACACGGUGAUUAUUAUGUAAUAUAAGAAUAGCAUGACUUUAUUUUCAACCGAUGAAUUGCAAAUAUUUUUAGUACUUUAUCGUAUCUUGUCAUCAUAAUGAAAGACAACUAAGUAGUUUUAAAUAAGAGCAAAUUAAAUUAAUAUAUUAUUAAUGCAGACUCAAUUGAUAAACUGAAUAACACAAACGUAAGUCAAACAAAAUGGAAGUUAGAAAGGCAUUUCUUCUUCUCUUUCUGACAAAUAUCUUUCUUGCAAGAGUGAUUUGCAUUUAGUCAAUGAAUGGACAACAAUGUUCGAUUAGAAUAUUAUGUAUGCCUGGUUUCAAGGUCUAAUACAUCUUUAUAUUUUGCAACUUUUAGCGUUAAUGAAUCCUUAUAAGCAGACUGAAAAUUACUGAAAAUUGCUUUUAGUCGAUGCUUCUUUUUUAAUAUUUAAUAUUUAUACUUUUAUUGGUAAAAGUUGCAUUCUCCUUGCAUUGAAUCGUGCCUUUCUUAGUCAAAUAAAUUUCGUAACAGACGUUUAUAUUUCAUAAUCAAAUAUUUUUGAUGUAAAAAGGCCGUAUUUAUUACUUAGAGCUAACUCCUGUGUUUUUGUUAUUAAAAUAGGAUAUAUAUGAAGUGUAAAAAGUAGAACUGUCUCCUCAUUGCAGCAAACUAAAACAGACUAAAAAUAUAACAAACCACUCUUAUAAGAAUAAUUCUUCAUAUGGAAAGGCGAUGUUGUUAAAGAAAAAUACGUUUUUACAUGUUUUGGAAUUCAAAUGACUAAUAUUGUCUGCUAUUGUGAGAACGAAGACUAAAAAUGAAUUGGAUACUAUUAUUAGUCAUACCUACAUACGAAUGUAAAAUUGAUAAACGGAUUGUGGGUUGUUGCUCUUACAUAAUAACAACUUUAUGGUUUUUCGAAUAUGAUUGACACCAAUUUACGGUAUAUGUUAAUUUCCUGAGUGAUUAUUCUACCGAUGUAUCGUUAUUCGAAAAAGACAACGACGAGUAACGAGUUAUACUAACGAUGACGUUACAAAGUUUCUUCCGAAAAUUCCAGGGUAAAUAAUUAUGUAUUUCGAUCUUCCUAUGAGCUGUAGAAAUCUAUCCUAUAAAAAACUUUUAUUGUCAGGCCAAAAUUGGCCAAUUUCUACCAUGGUCCUUUACAUUUAAAUCAAAAGGACAAUAUUAAAAAUCGUUGAUUUUUUAAAUAAAAAAUUCUUUUAUAUUUCUAUGCCUUCUUAGGAACAAAAAGUUUAAUAUCUAUUUUGUCUGGAAAUGAUAGGAAAAUUGCCACUGGAUUCUUUCCCUAUCUUAAGUGAGUGAUCUCUACGUAACCCAGACCGAUGGCCUUUUUAGGAAUCGCAGACCAUGGGUUGAGAACCACUGGCCUGAAAUUUUUUGUUCCUAAGGAUGUGUACAUAGGUACGUGCUCUUUUCAAGGCAAAAAAAAAUCGAUAAUUUUUAACAUUGUUCUUUGGCUCUCUGUUACGAAAUCCCGCAGAGCAGCGAACGUGUUAAAAGGCAACCCGGGAGUUGCAUGGGAUGUAUCGGUUUAUUACGUGCUUCGUGUUACGUGAGAUCAGGUCCCGUUGACUCAGAAACUGAAGAAAAGGCUCUGGUGCGUGUCCAGUUAGAACGUUCCAGGCAUGCGAAAAUCUAGCGAACAUUCGAAAACUGACCAACCGCGUUUCCUUGUGUUUCUGGCAACGUGGCCCUCGCAUGAGUGUGGCGAUAAACGAGUCUAUAAUCCGAUUGUAAUCCACUAUAACGCUUAAACGUAAAGUUAGUUUAAUUGAAUCGAGGUGCUGCUCCGAUGUCGGCACUCUUUGCAUCGGGAACUCUUGUUUUUUAACGAACGAACUCAUUAGAGGGCGCAAAUAAUAUGAAAAUUAGAGGUUAGGUAUUCGAUACGAUUCAAUCCCAAUUCGCCGAAUUUUAGGUUAUCAGCACAGCCAACUAAAAAUUUGAUGGCAAACUUUUUUUUUUCGAUUCGUGUACCCUCGGUUUUGGAAAUUCGUUCGUUGAAACUGUUAAGUACUUACCCGUGUACGUCCCUCCGUUUCUUCGAUUCUUUCGCAACAAAAAUCAGAAGAUAUAAACGACAGAUUUGCCGAUUUGGUAGCUACUCUUGCAAGAAAGAAUCGAAUGAAGUGCGAGGCAGUGACGUUUCGCCGACGCGUGGAGCGUCUUUUAGUUUUUAGUCGUCGAAAAGGAGUGAAACUGCCGAUGCAGUCGCGUAACUGGGUCCAACGUGGUGGUGGGUACAGAUCGUAAAAUUUACAUUUUAAAGAGAGAAAUAGAAGGAACAACGGACACGCAAACGUAACCCAUAAAAACGUUAUUAUACGAAAUAUCGAAAAUGAAGAAAAAUGCAAUAAACGUCGAUUCGAUUUGUAGAAGCGAUUAUACGAUGGCGACGGUCAUUCUCUGUGGACUGGCCUUCACCGAACCCUACAUUAUCGAACAUCGUAUCGCAGCAAUUUUUUUAUUCCGUCCAAGAUAACCGUAGAGAUUAAACAAAACUACGAAAACUUUAAAAAAUACAACAAAAUAUUAUUUGAUCAAACAGUUCACUUUUUAUUUGUUCGUUGUGAAACAUUUCAUUCUCUAGCUCAAAUUCUACUUUUUAUUUAACAAGCAACGGAUGAUAAUUGUUAAUCUUUUAUUCGAAAUAUCUAUUUAGAUACGAAUUUUAUCCAUUUCUAAUCUUCGACUAUCACAAUGUAUAAAAAUAACUCGGCUUUAACAUUCGUGAAAAUGUAACACGAUACUCGACGAAACUACCGCAAUGUAUUUACAAACAAAAUGCUUCCAUGUAUUUUUAAGAAUGUUACGUCGAGGUAAAAGAUAAGACAUCAAUUUUAUAACUUUUGAUUUACGAUCGAAGUAUAGUAUAAAUUUGUAAUGAUUGUUAACUCGGCGUCAUGAUUUUCUGCGAAUCUCACAGCAAGUGCAAUAACGUCUUUCGCGAUAUCGACAGUCCUGAGAAUUUCUGUCGCGGAUUGGAAAUGGCUGGCGAACGUAUAACGAACAAGCGUGUUAUCGUUUGCUUGUGCUCGUGGCAUUGGUUCAUAGCGACAUUGGGGACGAAAAUGCCUGUAUAGAGACUUUUUUUAAGGACACGUGAUUCUUCUUAGGUCCCGCAACGUUCCUCUGGACCCUUGUCAAAAUACCUUACAACGAACUUGUGUAAAUAACGAAAACGCAAUAAAUCUUGUAACCAUAAAGCAACACGACUAUUCAAUAUCCCACAAAAGAUGUGUAAAAUAUCAGCCUGCACUUGUCUUCAUUAUACAGGGCGUUCGACCACCCUUGGAAAACAUUUUAAUGGGGGAUUCUAGAGGCCAAAAUAAGAUCAAAAUCAAAAAUACUAAUUUGUUGAUGGAGGCUUCGUUAAAAAGUUAUUAACGUUUAAAGUUCCGCCCGUACUGAAU